AGUGAGGGCGGCCGUCACAGACACAACACCGCUCGGCGGCGCGCGGUGGCCAGCCAGUCGUCCGUUGGCAGUUGAGGGGUGGGUGUCGCAGCGCGCGCUCCGAGAGACCGGACUGUCUGUUGGUGUUUACUUGCGUUCAGAUGGCCUCUGCGAUGGCUGCUGUGCUCUGGCUGAUGCUGGCGCUGCCGCUGGCCAGCGCUCUGGAGUGCGGUCCCGACCAGUACCGGCUGGGCAGCCGCUGCUGCACGCGGUGUCCCGAGCACGCCCGCCAGACGAGCCCGUGCACGGCCGACGCCGACACGGUCUGCGAGUGCGCGCCCGGCCACUGGUUGGACCCGCAGGCGGGCGCCUGCCGGCCGUGCCGCCUCUGCCGGCCCGGCCACGGCGCGUCGCGGCCGUGCUCGCCGCACCAUAACGCCGUGUGCCGCGCCUGUCCAGAGGACACGUACAGCCACCAGGGCGAGCGCGGCGCCGUGCGCGAGUGCGUGCGCUGCUCCGUGUGCCGUGCCGACCAGGUGAACAUCCAGAACUGCACGGCCACGCAGGAUACCGUCUGCAUGGACAAGUCGUUCAACGUUCUGAGCGAGGGCGGUUCGGGCUCGGAGCUGACCCUGUCUGCGGGCACGGCGGCUGACCCGUGGCCGGCCGAGCACGCCUCCUCCGACAUCCCCAUCUACUGCGGCAUCCUGGGCACCGUCAUCGUCGUGCUGCUUCUGUACGUCGCCGUGCGUCACUGGAAGCUGCGUGCCGCUCCUCAGAAGGCCAGUCCGGCAGCGGCGCCGUCGGCAGUGGUGGUCGCCCGUCCGGCCAGCGCCACCGACUCCUCUGCCGGCUGUCCGCAGAUCGAGCCGCUCUUCCCAGUGCCACUGAAGAAGCGGCUCACUGAGAUGCCGGUCACCGAACGACGGGAGAUCGAGACCCAGCUCUGCAACCACCCUACCAACAACUGGACGGCGCUGGCGGCCGUGCUCGGCUACUCCAAGCAGCACGUGCGUCAGAUUCAGGAGCAGGCCGCUGAGCGCAGGACAAACCCGGCGAGGCUGCUGCUCACAGACUGGGCCAAGCGCAGUGACGCCACUGUCAACUCACUGGUCCACGCGCUCACUAUGGUCGGAAGGAGAGACCUGGCCGGUCUGGUGGCACCCAAACCCGUGCGACUUACCGUGGCUGACGUGGACAACUUUGUGUAGUGCCGGCACUCGACGCCAACUGAUCUCGUCUAUAUGUGCGUGUGUGUAGUGUGAUGUGAUUUAUUUGUAUGCGUAUUUUGCCGAAGGUUGCGCAGCCUUUGGCGAUGUGGUUUGGAGCAAUGCGGUAUUUGAUGAGAUGUUGAGAAGGGGAACUUGUUUAUAGUGAUGUUUCCCAUUUGGUGUUCCCCGUAUGAUAUGCAUUGUUCGCGCGCACAAGACUCCGUGUGUUCCAUCUGCUCUCUAUUUGUUCCCCAAGCCAGUUAGAUAUGCCCUCUUGUCACAGUCAGUCAGUCUGCUAUCAUGUGUUGAACUCAAUCAUGGGCGCAUUACACGUCCAUUAUUUAUAUGAUGUGAUACAUGUCGCUUUUUGUAAAUAUGUCACCUCGUCGAUGUCGGAGAAACCACGCCCUGUUGCGCGGCUUACCAUGCAUGUAUUCAUCCCUAGCAAGCAUCACUCAUUCCCUUGUGAAUCUGAAACCUCCGAGACGCCCUUUCCGGGCUCUUUCCCGUAGCAUCUGCCAGUGUUUCGAUGUAGCCGUGUAAAUUUCACAUCCCCCUCCCCGAUCGGACGAGGCCAGCGACGACCGCCUCGCCGGUCGGGUCAGAUCUGAUUCAGGAGGUGUAUCAGCCAGUAGCAGCUCGACGACGCACCGCGCUGAGCUGACUCUUCCCACUAGGCUGGCCAAAGAUUAGCGUAUAGGUACGCGGGCGCCCCUGGUGUCCGGACGCCCCCGCGGGUGGCCGCAGGACACCGUGAUCUGUGAUAGUACAGCCCGGCCGGCCGCCGUGUGAUGCGCCCGGCCCGUGAGCCAGUGCAGGACUGCGUAUCCACGUUGGUAGAGGCGAACUCGUGGCCUCAGCGCCGCUGGACGCCCCGUGUAUACAGACAUGGAUUGAUAGCUGAAUGUUAUACAUAUGCCGCGCUCAAAUAUUUACUUGUUGGGAGCGGUCUGAAAUAUAUCGCAUCGUAGUGACAGAAA